AUGAGUCCGAAGAAAAGUAACAUUAAUGAAGGAGUAAUUAAAAAAAUGGUACUGGGAAUAAAAGAUGAUCAGGCAAAGGAAACAAAAAAUAUCAAUGAAAAUAAAUUAAGAAAUAAUAAUAAGGAACCUCAGCGGAAUUGGAAUGAUAUGGUAAUAGAAGAAGAAUUAAGUAAUAGUUCUAACAAUAUAGAAGUUUUAAAAGAAACUAAUAAGAAGAAAAAUGAUAUGGAAAUUGAAGAAGAAAAUAGUAGUAAUCCGGAUGUUAUAGAAGCGGAAAAAGGAAAUGGAAGGAAUGACAACCACAUGGUUGUUGAGGAAAAUUCUAACAAGAGUCAGAGUGAAUUAAAAUUAAAUAUUGAGAAAAAUUACUAUAGUGCAUUAGAUGAAGGCCCAUAUGUAGUUUAUGCUGAAUCAAUGAAUCAAAAUUUGGACUUCAAAAAGACAUUUCCUAGAAUUAACGAAGCAGUUAAUUAUGGAACAAACAUGAUAAAUAAAAAUAGGUAUGAAGCACUGAGUAACCUUCAAGAACAAGAAAUAAAUAUUGAUCAAAGUAGGUUAAUGCUGAUGAAUAAACCUAGAAGAAUUAUGGAAAGAAGACAAACUGAAAAUGGCAGAUAUAUACAAAUGAAUAACAGGAAUUUAAAACAAACAAGUGGAGAGAGAAAUUCACAAAGGCGCGAAUAUUGCGGCAAAAAUAUAGAAAUAGAAGAAAUUAGGAAAAUACAAAUAAUUCAUGAGGAGCUAGUUAAAAAACUGAGAGAAAAAAUAAGGAACAAAGAGUGUGAUGAUCUAGAGGAAGUUGUGGUAAAAUUUAAAAAGGAUAUGGAUAUAAUUUACGAGAAGUAUAAUAGUGUGGAAGUUAGAAAUAUUAGUGAACAACAAAAUAAAGUUGGUUUUGAUAAUAAUAACAAAAGUUGA